AUAAAACUUAUAUACUUCUCUCUUGUAAGGAUAAAUAAUUUUUCAUAUAAAUGUAAAUUAUAUUAUAUAAAAUAAAAUGUCUAAAAAAUCAGAAAAAUAUAUUUUAUAUAUAAAAAAAGAAAAGAAAAAAAGAAAAGAAAAUUGCAUAUCACAAGAAGAGGUUUUCAAUGAUCAGGUCUACGUCCGAAUAGUUAGUUUGAUUGGCAUCUUCAUAUUCCAUUCCAUUCGCUUCCAAAAACACACAGCAAAGAAACCAGACAUCAAAACCAUCAACACCAACUUGAACACUGUUUUCAUUUAAACUACACCAACACAACUUCAAUUCCAUCCAUUAAAUCCAUUGUUCCUUGACACAAUAAGUUUACAAACCCAAACAAAAAUAAUAAAGGUUUAUGCUUUCUUGUGCAUUUAUGAAUGUAAAUUCUUCCAAGAAAUCAUCAGUGCUAGAAACCCAGAUCACGAACCAAAUUGGAGGCAGCAGAAAUAGAGGCAAAAACACACCCAUCUCUCCAGUCCUUGAUGACCAUCAUCUACAACAGCAGCAUAUUCAUACCCAAACUCAAUCAUACUCUUACCCACAGAAAAACCAAUUUCAAAACCUGACCCAUCUCCCAAUCCCAUUCCCACCGCCACAACCAACCCACCAACCACCUCGCUUUCACUAUCACCAUGACCAUGAACAUGAACAACCUAUUUCCAAUCAUCAAUCAACAACUUCACAAAAACCAUUUUUCUCAACACCCCACAAAAGAACUUCUUCAAUUAUGACUACUGCUCUUUCUCAUUCUCCUUCGCUAUCUUCUUUCCCUAUUCACCGAUCCGAUUUUACUACAAAACCCAAGUGUUUCCACACUCCAUUUUCAAUAAGAGCUCUUGCUUAUAAAUUCAUUUUCCAUUUUAGCCAUGCCCGUUUGCUUUGUGUGCAUUUAAAAGUUUUAGUCUUUAUUUCCUUGCCUUCUCUUUAUUUCUUUUUAUCCAAUCCUCGCUCUUUUUUUAUCUUAAAUUUGCUCUCAAUUCUUGCUUUUUUAACUACCCUUUUGAUUUCUCUUAAUCUUGCAAUCCCUCGCUUGCCUUCUAUUCGCUUACUUGUAUCUCGUUGUUUGCCUAAUAAGCUUAAUUCAACUGGAUUACCUUCAAAAGUAUCAACACCUGUAAUAUGGUCAAUUGGAUCUAAUCGAGAAACAGAAAAGAUACCAAAUUCAGGGUCUUGGGUUCAAAUUUAUAGCAAUGGCGAUGUCUAUGAGGGUGAAAUUCAUAAAGGAAGGUGUUCAGGUAGUGGGGUUUAUUACUAUUAUAUGAGUGGGAGAUAUGAGGGUGAUUGGAUUGAUGACAAGUAUGAUGGUUAUGGGGUUGAAACUUGGGCUAAAGGGAGCCGAUAUAGAGGCCAAUAUAGGCAGGGCCUACGGCAUGGAAUUGGAGUUUAUAGAUUUUAUGCUGGUGAUGUUUAUGCUGGGGAAUGGUCUAAUGGACAGUGUCAUGGAAGUGGGAUUCAUACUUGUGAGGAUGGGAGUCGGUAUGUUGGGGAAUUCAAAUGGGGUGUCAAGCAUGGGUUUGGUCAUUACCAUUUCAGAAACGGGGACACAUAUGCUGGGGAAUAUUUUGCAGAUAAGAUGCAUGGUUUUGGAGUUUAUCAGUUUGGAAAUGGGCAUCAAUAUGAAGGAGCAUGGCAUGAGGGAAGGAGGCAAGGACUUGGUAUGUACACUUUCAGAAAUGGGGAAGCACAAUCUGGUCACUGGCAAAAUGGUGUUCUUGAUGUCCCUGUCUUACAGGAUAGCCUUUCCAAAUCUCUGUAUGCUGUUAGCCAUUCCAAAGUUCUUAAUGCUGUCCAGGAAGCACGGCGUGCUGCUGAGAAAGCAUAUGGUGUUGCAAAGGUAGAUGAUAGGAUAAACAAAACUGUGGCAGCAGCUAACAAAGCAGCUAAUGCUUCCAGAGUUGCAGCAGUAAAGGCUGUCCAAGUACAAAUGUAUCAUAACAGCAAUGAUGGUGCACCAACUCCCUUUGUUUAGUCUUGCAUUCAGCAAGGAAAGCUAUUGCAGACUUUGCAGUCAUGUCUUAUAAAUUGACCAAGGUCCAAGGUGUUUAAACCUCUUUUCAGUGCUGUAUUACUGUUUCUAUAUUGUUGCAAGGAAUCACAAGUUACCCGCUUGGAACCACAUUCAGCCACAGAGAUGGCUGAUUGAGGAGCAAGAAGGGUCCGAACCUUCUUUUUGCCAAUUAAUAUGUACAUAACAUGAGUAAGAAGUUUUUAGAGUGAGGGUCGAGUGAUGUGCAAAUGUUUCUAUUCGAGUGACAACAUGGUGCACAAAUUUAGAUAAGGGUUUGCCAAUCCAGUAGCCUCUUGUAAAUGUACUUGGUUAUUUGUAUUCCCUCCACGAAAUGAUGCAGCAAUUGUUGCUAGUAUUCUAGGCUUUAUGCAAUGCAAGAGAAGACAGAAAGCAUCCAAUUCUGCCACUCCA